AUGGCCGUCAACGUCCUCUCCCCAACCACCACCACCACCACCACCACCACCACCACAACAACACCCACCAAAAUGAAUAAGCGCUUCCCACCUCUAGCCGAUAGAACCUCCCUCUCCUACAAACUCACCAACCUCUCCAAACAAAAACUCGCCCGCGAGGCCACCGCCCCGGACCCCGACAUCCGCCGCUGCCUCCACCACUUCCGCAUGCACAUCCUGUCUGUAGAGUGGGCGCAGCAGGAGACCGCGUCCAAGAUCACAUCGUUCGAGUUCGAGGAUGACUCCGAGUCUGAGGAUGAAGAAAGCACACAGAACAAAACCGCGCAGAUCCAGCGCAAGCUCGAGUCCAUCGCGCCUGCUUUGACGCCCGCCGAGCCGCCGGUUGAGAUUGAGGUUGAGACUCACACGGAAACCUCACCCAAGGAGGAGCAGACUAUCCAUGUCCACUUUGAGGUUGUUCCUCAGCCUCAGCAGCCUGCUCAGACUGCUCUGUCCGAGGAGAAGGAUGCUGCUGGGGGUAUCGUUGACAAGGGACGACGCUGUCUUGAGAAGGCGUGGCCGUCGCCUGUGCAGUGCAUGCCCGUUCGCAUUGCCGGUUAG